AUGUAUAACGAUUUCCACAAUCCACCAAUUUCCCCAUUACCUAAGCACUCACUUUACGAUAGUUAUUCUCCAAGAAAUAGCUCUUACAGCACCACCUCCAUUUCCAACACUACAGAUAAUGGUAAUAGUAAUAAUAAAGUUAAAUCAAAAAGCUCCAACAGUAAGAUGUCAACUAUUAGGAACUUUUUAAAGAAAAAAGAAUGUAUGAUUUGUAUUGAGAAACGGUAUAUUAAAUCAUUUGUGAUAAUCUCAAAGAAUUGUAAUCAUGAUACAAAUAUAUGUGACGAGUGCGUUAAAAAAUACAUUGAAAAUAGUUAUGAAAUAAAAAGUCUUGUUAAAAAAGAUUUAUAUGAAAGGUAUGAUAAAUUAGCAUUACGUAAAGCACUUCAACAAAUGUCAGAUAUCAGGUGGUGUAAAAAUCCUAAAUGUGGAUCAGCUCAAUCUCAUAUAGGAAGCGAUUCUGAGCCAAUAUUAACAUGUGGUGAUUGUGGAACUAAAAGUUGUUUUACACAUGAUUCAUUAUGGCAUGAAGGAUUAACUUGCCAACAGUAUGACGAAGUUGAGAAAGCUAGAAAUGAGGCUACUCACACCUAUUUAGAACAACAUACCAAACCUUGUCCUAAAUGUGGAGUAAGAAUUUCAAAGAAUGAGGGUUGUGAUCAUAUGACAUGUAAAGUUCUUGAAUGCAAACAUGAAUUCUGUUGGUUGUAA